UACAGCUGAAGCAGAGCAAGGGAAAGACACAGUGCAAGGUAUCUUAUCCUUAUAUGAUAUUGAUGUUUGUGUUUUAUUUGAUACGGGAUCCACACACUCUUUUGUUGCACCUCGGGUGGUAUGUCAUAUUCCAAUUUCCAGUACAUUGUUACCAUAUUAUUUGAUUGUGACUACUCCGGGAGAUACGAAAAUGGUGGGUAGUGAGGUGUAUAGGGAUUGUAAAAUCAUGGUGCACGAUAAGGAGUUUCCGGGGAAUUUGGUGGUGCUAGACAUAAAAGAUUUUGAUCUUAUUUUGGGCAUGGACUGGCUAUCCCAACACUAUGCUAAGGUUGAUUGUCGGCACAAGGUAAUUCAUUUUGAGUUGCCUCAUCAGCCAAUUGUUGUGUAUAGAGGCAUUAAACCAAUGAGCUCCACACCCUUGAUUUCGGUGAUGAAGGCGGAGAAAUUAAUGCGACAUGGUUGCGAAGCAUAUUUGGCUUUAGUGACGACUGGUAAUGAGGACAAGAUGGAAUUGCCAGAUAUUCCGGUGGUCUGUGAAUUUCCCGAUGUAUUUCCUGAAGAGUUGCCAGGAUUGCCGCCAUCGAGGGAGGUUGAAUUCUCUAUUGACUUAGUACCAGGUACGCAGCCAGUUUCUAGGGCUCCUUACAGGAUGGCUCCAAAUGAAUUGAAAGAGCUAAAGGUGCAGUUGGAGGAAUUGAUUGAGAAGGGAUUCAUCCGCCCGAAAGAUGUAAAGAAGACUGCUUUUCGCACUAGGUACGGCCAUUACGAGUUUGUGGUCAUGCCAUUUGGGUUGACUAAUGCCCCGGCAGUCUUCAUGGAUUUGAUGAACAGGGUGUUUAGAGAGUAUUUGGAUAGCUUUGUUAUAGUGUUCAUUGAUGACAUACUCAUCUACUCGCCGAGUUUGGAGGACCAUAAGACCCACCUUAGGCUGGCAUUGCAGAGGCUGAGGGAGAGGCAGUUGUAUGCCAAGUUCAGUAAGUGUGAUUUUUGGCAGCGACAGGUUGACUUCUUGGGACACGUAGUAUCUGGUGAGGGUAUUUCAGUAGACCCUGAAAAAGUGAAGGUAGUGAUUGAGUGGCCACAACCGACUACAGUGACCGGCAUCAGGAGCUUUUUGGGGCUAGCAGGUUACUACAGAAGAUUCAUUGAGGGUUUCUCUAGGCUUUCCUCUCCUAUGACAAAGUUGACUCGGAAGGGAGUCAAGUAUGAAUGGAACGAGGCUUGUGAGCGUAGCUUUGAGGAGUUGAAGAAGAGGCUAACCUCAGCAUCAGUAUUGGCUAUUCCUAGGAGUGGAGAGACAUUUUCCAUCUUCAGUGAUGCGUCACACUCAGGUCUCGGAUGUGUAUUGAUGCAGGAUAGACGAGUGAAUGCCUAUGCCUCGAGACAAUUGAAGAAACAUGAGGUGAACUACCCUACCCAUGACUUGGAGUUAGCGGCAGUAGUGUUUGCUCUCAAGAUUUGGAGGCAUUACCUUUAUGGAGAGAAGGUGGAGAUUUAUACUGACCAUAAAAGUUUAAAGUACCUUUUCUCCCAGAAGGAGUUGAACAUGAGGCAACGUAGGUGGAUGGAGCUUUUGAAGGACUAUGAUUGUGAGAUCUUGUACCAUCCGGGGAAGGCCAACGUGGUGGCCGACGCAUUGAAUGCUUUGGGGACGAAGCUAAAGUUUAGUACCGCGUUCCACCCUCAGACAGAUGGACAGUCAGAGAGGACCAUCCAGACAUUAGAGGACAUGUUGAGGGCAUGUGUGUUGGAUUUCCAUGGUAGUUGGGAUGAUCAUCUGCCACUAGUAGAAUUCGCUUACAACAACAGUCACCACUCUAGUAUUGGUAUGCCGCCUUAUGAGGCACUUUACGGCAGACCGUGUAGAUCACCCAUUUGUUGGGAGGAGAUUGGAGACAGAGCAUUAUUGGGGCCAGAGAUUGUUGAGCAGACAUCAGAAAAGAUUCGGAUUAUCAGGGCUAGAAUGAAGGUCGCACAGGACCGACAAAAGAGCUAUGCGGAUAAAAGACGUCGAGACUUGGAGUUCUCAACUGGGGACCACGUAUGGCUGAGAGUGAUGCCCAUAAAGGGCGUACGCAGAUUUGGGGUGUCGGGGAAGCUUAGUCCUCGCUAUAUUGGACCGUUUGAAAUCUUGGAACGAGUUGGCCCUUUGGCCUAUAGGUUGGCCUUGCCACCACAGUUAGCUGGCGUUCAUAAUGUCUUCCAUGUGUCCAUGUUAAGGAAGUACGUGUCGGAUCCCCAGCAUAUCAUCGACUAUCAGACUAUAGAAGUCAAGGAGGAUGUCACAUACGAGGAGAAACCUGUUAGUAUUUUGGAGCGGAAAGAGAAAGUGCUACGAAAUCGAUCGAUUCCAUUUGUUAAAAUUCAGUGGCAGCGUCACUCUUUAGAUGAGGCUACCUGGGAGCGCGAGGAGGAGAUGAGGUGUCUUUUCCCCCAGCUAUUCGAGUGACCAGACAGGAAUUUGGGGACCAAAUUCUUUGAAGGGGGGGAGAAACUGUAACGACCCAUUAUUGGGUUUAGAAUUUUAGAAUGAUAUAUUAACUUAUUUUAAUUAUUUUAUAUAAGUUGAGCAAAUUUGAUUCUUAAUGUUGAAAUAGAUCUAUGGGCUUGUAUGUAUGAGU